CUCUUUCUCUCUCUCUCUCUCUCUCUCUCUGUCAGUCCCCUCUAUACUUUGAUUGAACUAUGAUGUUUACUGUUGAGUUACUUGAUACGGAUGUUUGAAACUCGUGAAAGGCUAUAUCAUUGGAUGUAUACACGAGGAUUACACUUUGUGUUGGGUUCCGUGUUUAUUUCUCUGGAUUACUGCGUUGUGUUCAUUUGUGUUUAAUUCUCUGGAGUACUGUGUUGUAUUGGAUGUUUAUGUUUAUGUGGAGCACUGCGUUGUCCAGGGUUACAUUUUGUGGACUAAACGAGUGUUGCCCUGGCGCACAAGUUACUCACAUCUAGAUCUAGCUUGUUGCACUAUUCGCUGUCUAGAUAGAUCUAGAAGAGGAUUUGAAUAUAGAUCUACUAGGACUAGGACUCAAGCUCUUUCCUGUGCCACAUUUUAAUCCCGACCUUAUAGACAUGCUUCAUCCGGGUGACAAUCGAUAACACCGGCGUAUAAACAAAAUAAACAAAUUGCAAGAUGCCAUCAACAUUUCGUUACAGAGAAAAUAUCUCGUGGCCAUCGCGCCAUUCUGGAGGAAGUGACGUCACCGAUUCGGCGGAUGUAUGCUCGUUAAAUUCCGCGCUGGUUCGUUUUGAUGUUCUGCUGAAAUAUAACCCCGAAAAGAGCGUAGGCGAUGGAUAACAUAUCACAUGCUGGAGGUAACCAACUGGUUAAAGAUCUAGGAUAGAACAUUUUGUUUUGUUUGAAAACAUGAAGCAUCGUUUGCUGGAACAUUCGGAUAAUUUUAGAAGCAUCGGGAAUUUCCUUUUAUUUGGAGUACUUCUGGCAAACAUCGGAUUAACCUGGCAAUACCAUGAACUCAAUGUUGCAACCAUCUCCAGGACAUUACAGACACUGCAUGCUCACGAGUGUGACGGCGGCACCAUGGUAGUGACGUGCCCCCCGGGAACCCUCAUCAACAUCCAGUACGCCAAGUACGGGCGCUCCGUGCCUAGUUCUGUCAUGUGCUCUGCGCCCAGCACGGAGCCCGCACCCGAGGGCGCCUUCUCGGAACAGAACGCUGACCUUGUGGAGGAUACGAACUGCAUUGCCGUCAGGUCACUUGAGGUAAUGCUAGACCUCUGUGAGGACAGGUCUAGUUGUUCCGUCACAGCGUCUCCAGAGACUUUCACCCAGGACCCAUGCCAGGGCACCAUCAAGUAUUUGGAGGUCCACUACAAGUGUCGCCCAAAUGAGUACCAGUGGAUCACGGCGUGCGAAGGGGAAGAGUUACAGAUUUCAUGUGCUAAAGGGGGCAUCGCGAUAUACUCGGCCAUGUUCGGACGAUCUCCGAACGGAUCCAACCAGUGUCCACCAAACAAGCACGGCUAUAUAGAUUGUCAGGCCUCUGAUGCUGUCACAGAAGUCCGUUCCCUUUGUCAUGGAAAGAAAAACUGUGCCAUUGAAGCCAAUGAAAGUCAUUUUGGUGACCCUUGUCCAGAUGGCACCAACAAAUAUUUGAGUGUAAAUUAUGCCUGUGUUCCCAGAAAGAUCCUGAAACCAAUGAAUGGGAAGAAAAGCAAUCACAAAAAGAAGAAAAAGAAGAAAAAAAAAGUCAUUCCUGGAACUACACAAAGUCCACCAGGAGAUAACACUAGUGAAUCAUCUGUAACUCAAGUGUCAUUUUAUGAAGUCACCAACAAAUCUGACAGUCUUGUUUCAGAGACUGAACAAGUCACAAAAUCAUUAACUUCAUCACUUCAAGAUCAUAUUGAUCAUACUACAGAAUCAUAUUUGCCAAAGACAAGUAUUAAAUCUGUGAUUAAUCAUCAAACGGAAGAGCCAGUUGUUGGCAGCUUACAGGAAGAUACUUCCAAACCUGAUCUGGAAACACACAUUGAUGUCAGUACCACAAACAGUGAUGAUAAUGGAGCCUAUUACAAAAGUUUUGAAGAUGUUACUUCAUCAGAAUUGAUUCCUCCUGGUCUUAAUGACAGUGGCAGUAAAACUGUAGGUGACGCAGAUCCCGCCAGACAAGACAAUGAUAUUAAACGUCAUGGCUCAAACUCCAGCCAUAAAAACAAUCUAGACCAUAGCAAUAUCAAGGGCCAUGACUCUCAAAAAGGCAGCAGCUCAGACACUGAAAAAGACAAUGGGGACAUACCAUCACAAAAACUUCCCAACUCUAAACCGACAUCAUCUCAUAAUCUAGAAAUAACAUUGGCCCCUUUUCCGACCGACAGCCACAAUGACAAUGCUCUCAAAGAGAAUAAGAGCCAUAUGCCAGGCUCCAAUGGUCCAGUGGAUAAAACUGAUUUGGUGACUGAGAGAAAUUUAACAGUGCUAUGUAGUAAUUACACUCCAGAUGUUAGAUGGGGAGGAAUGCAAAAACCAUCAAAUCAAAAUACUAUUGGAUUUUUAAAAGAUUGGUUUGCAAUCAGUCACUACCUCAAAACACAUGAAGAAAAAGCUUGGCUUUACUUCAGUCUUGGAAUUUGUUUUGGCAUCAUCGUUAUGUUGGUUGUCGUGCUUGCCAAAGUUUGCUUCAACUUCCAUCGCAAUAUUCAGGCACGUUUGGAUGUCUCUGAGCCUACCCAUCGCAGUGCUCUUAUCAACAACCACAGCUCCCUGGAUGCGCCCAUGCUUGAACAUUCUGACUCUAUGGACAGGAUAGAAGUAGUGAGAUUCAGCCCUCGGAGUACGUUGCGUAGUUUGAGGAGUGAUUCCCAUGAUAGAAACUUAGUGAAUUACUAUGGAUAGGACUAGCAGUAGUGGAGCAGAAGUGGAAUUGUGAAAUAAGGAUUUAUUUCUGUCCAAAAUGUACAAAUGAAAAUCAUCUUAUACAAAUACAAUUGAUAACCUCAUAAUGUCAACUAGCUUCAUGUUAUAAUUGUGAGAUCCAAAGAUACAUUUUGAAAUAACUAGCUUAUUUUUUUUAAAGGUAUUAGCCUUAAAGGUUUUUUUUUGUUUUGGUAUAAAAUAUUUUCAUCAAUCUAUCUUAUUUAGGAACAUAUAUUUAUCAAAAAGUUAUCUUUUGAAAAAAAAAUCUGUUUACAAUAGUUAUUUAUUUUUUUAAAGAUAUUUUUCAAAAUUAAAAUAAUUGCCUAUAGAAGCCCAAAAUGUUUCUUCUCAAACAUUACUUUUUUUUUCGAUUUCUGUGCAAUAUUCAUUUUUGUCUAAAUCUUUAUUUAGGUUAAUCUUUCAAUCAUAGCGAGAAAAAAAAAGCUUGUCUAGUGACACUUUCUAAAUAAUUGUAGUUAAUCAUUUUGUUAUCAUCACAAUUUGCAGUGAUCAGUCACUUUAUGAGCUUUUUAAAUCUAUCUUCUUUUUUUUGGAAGGAUAUAUUUUGUUCUUACAUUACUACUUUCUUAAAAGAUGACCAACUACUUCCUUAAAAGGUAUAAAAUAUAAAUAUGCUAAGAUUAGAAAACUCAGCUAGUGGAUCAAAUAUUAAUUUAUUUGCCACAAGCUUUUUUUUUUUGCUUGAAAAAGCUUAAGCAUUAUUUUUUUUUUUGCAUCAUUUCAUGUAAUUGAAUAGCACAUCAGUCAUAAUGUGUACCUCUUAUAUUUAUGUAAAAUGUAAAUAUUUUUUUUUUUGGAUAUUACAUGGAAAUAAAACUAGCUUUAAGAUCAUUUGGUAUGUAAAUGAUGAUGAAUGUCUUUUACGCUGAUGAUAAUUUGCAUAUAAAGCAGUUGUCUGACAAUAGAUAAAAAGAUGUGCAAUCUUGAUCAUAAUAAUCAGUGUAGGUACAUUGAAAUGUUCACUUGAUUAUCAAUCAUCUCUGUGGAAAUGAUUAUGGUUAUACAAUAUUUUCCCAUUGUGGAAAAUAGAUUAGAUGCAUUACUCCAGUGUUUUUCAGAUUUUCUCAGCCAAGUAAAGUUUACAUUAAAAGUUUAUUCUAUUAAUUUUUUUAACCAUUGUAUAAAAAAGAAAAAUUUUUAUUAGAACUAUAAAUAUGGCCAAGUGUCAAUUUUGUUUCUUAUAUUAAUUCUUAUUCAUUCUUUUUUGUAAGCUAAAUAGCUCGUCCUAUAUAGAAGCUCAACUUAAACAUGAAACAUUAGAGGACUCCAAUAUCAGGUACUAUGGUUCAAAUAUUAGGUCCUAUAUCUACUUAUUUCAAAUAUUAGGUCCUAUAUCUAUCUAGUUCAAAUAUCAGGUCCUAUAUCUGGUUAAAAAAAUCAGGUCCUAUACAUAAGAUGAACUGGGCAGUGGUCUCCUUCAGACAGCAACUUUUUGGUUGUGACUGGCAUAAAUAUUUACUUGGUCAAAUAAAGGUUGUUGUUUUUUUUUAAUAUAUUGGCAUAAAAUUAAAAUUUCCUUUCUGCUAAAUCUCUUUAUUUCCUUAUUCUGCUCCCAAUAAUAUUUAUUUUAAAUCUUGACUGCCCUUCAAUGGAAAAAAAAGUCCAAUCCACAUUGAUCAUAAAAAAUAAUUUCACUGUGAAUGUUAAUUAUCUGUUUUGUCCGAUACUGUCUGAUCAUUACCUGCAAUUAUUAAACAGUUCUUUUAAAUUAAAAACAAUAAAAAACAACUAUUAUUACAUUUAAAUAUAAAACAUUCCUAAUUUUAUAAAAGGAAAAUCGCAAAAGUAACUCAAAAUGUCAUUCAACUUUUAAAUAACUACCCCUGAUAAAUUCAUUCUAAAACUUGAUCUGGCAUCCAUUCAUUACAUCAUAGUAAGGAUUAGAUUGGAAUUUAUUUUCAUAAUAAUAACAUUUGUUAAUGUUCACACUCUUUUAUAUAAAAAAAAUACAAUUAUCUUUAAUUUUUUUAAACAGAUUUUUUAAUUAUUUUUUUUUAUUAAAUGCUAUAAAAGAUAUCUAUUAACUCAAUUUGUUAUUGGGUUAUAUUGAAUGUACUAAGUUAUUGCACCAGUCAUGCCAAUGUAGGUUUUAUGUUUCAUAAAAGUUUUGUUGUUAUCCAAUUGUGAUAUUCUUUGCAUAAAUUUUGAUUGGUCCCUCAAUUGUUUUGUUAUUUAUAGCUUUAUAAUAUUACACAUUCAUUUUUGGUUUCGCAUAAUGCUUUGUUUAAUAUUACAUUUGGACAUAUUUGUCAGAUAAAAAAUGUGUAAAUACAUUUUUUUUUGGCAUUCUGCUCAGUCACAGAAAUGUAAAAUAGAAUUGCGUGUUUUAUUAUGCAUUUAAAUGUCAAAAACUUUUUUAUGCUUUGAAUGUAUGUCCAGAUGAAGUGAAAAUUUAUUUUUUUUUAAACAUAUUUUAUAUGACAAUGUAAAGCAUAUUUAUUUUCUGUAAUAGAUUUAUAAACAUGUGUAUAUACAAUGGUUGUGUACUUAGUUUUACAGUUCUUACAUUAGUAUUAAUUUCAUUUUUCUUUUCAUAAUUUUUUUUUUCCAUUAAAGAAAAAUUUUUAUAUGGUCAAAAUGAAAAAUUGUUUUCUAUCAAAAUGAUAUCUUAACUCAUCAGAGUUUUGCCUAGGCCACUUGAGACUCUCAACUAUUGAAACAGCUUUCUCCAAGUGACCAUGAAAGAGAAAAAUGCACUUGGCCUUUCUAUCUUUCUGUCUAUAGGAUCCACUACAAUCAAGACCAGGAGGUGAGGUGGUUCAGCGGUAAAGCACUUGUCUUACGAACAGGUGUCCGGGGUUCGAAUCCUGGUGAAGACUGAGAUUUUUAAUUUCAUGGAUCUUCAGGCGCCUCAUAGUUCACCCAGCUCUAAUGGGUACCUGACAUUAGCUGGGGAAAGGUAAAGGUGGUUGGUCUUUGUGCUGGCCACAUGACACCCUCGUUUAUUUUAUUUAUUUAUUUUUUUUGUUCAUAAGAUUUUUUUUGUUGUAAUAAAUAGAACAUAAAUUAAAUGUUUUAAGCAUUUAUCAUUAAUAAAUCAUCCUUUUUUUUUUAAACUGACAAAUUCCAAAUCUGGUUGUUAAUUGUGCAGUAUCAUGUGACAGUUUAUACACUGGCAGAAGUGAGGGCUGAUGUGCUAUUUUCAUAUCAAUUUUAUUAAGAAGGUUGUGACAUAUUUUACAAUGUCUAGCCUUGAGUUUUUUCCUAUGUUUUAUACACAAUGUAUACAUAAUGAUUCUACCAACUGAAUCUGUUGCAUGCUUUGAAAUUAAAUAUAUUAAUUGUGGCAUUUACCACAAUAAUUAUUUUUUUUACAGUUUUAACUUAAUAUUAAAAAUAAACACUUUUAAAAUGGAAUUAAUAAUACCAGAAUAUUUUCAGCUUAAAAAAGCUUAAUUUUUUUUUUUCAGUAUAACUUUAAUUUUAAAUUUUAUACCUUAUUCAUGUUAGACAGUGGCCCACAGAACAGUCUAAAAAUGGCAAAAAUUAUAACAAUUUAAUAUAAAAGUAUUUAAUUGAUUUUAGUAGUUUGAAAAAGAAAACAACUGUUACAGGAUGUCUUUAAAUUUUGUUUUUUUCAGCUGAAGUUCAUAAAACCCAAAAUCAGUUACUUUUCAUCAUUCAGAUUUUCUAGAGCAGUGAUGCCCAAAGUAAGGCCCGCGGGCCAGAACCGGCCCGCAAUGUGGUUCUAUCUGGCCCGCCGAAACGUCGGCACAAAAAGUAGAUAAUCUUCCCCCCUUAAAAUAGUUGUAUAUGUAUUUUUACCUUCGUUAGGGCCCUCACUUUUCUGUGAUGGAUUAAUACAUGACCUUUAACGAGUGUGCGAUUAUGAGUUUAUAAAAUGGAACUCUGAAUGUAGAAUCUACCAGGAAAAGGGAAUGGAUCUUUUUUUGUGGAACAUGAUAAUAAGCCAACAUAUUUUUUUUUGUAAAGAAACCUCGUCGGGGUCGCCAGUUGUGAAGAAACAAGUCCUUUUUAAGUAUAAACUGCCUUUUAUUGUGAAGCAUUCAAACAUAACACAUUUACAAGGCGAACAUUAUCUACAGAUAACCAACUCCACUAGAUGACUUCCUUCUUCAUAUUUUCAACACACUCGUCACUCCCCGCAAGUCCUCUAACUCUCCGAUACCCAACACUUGACCGUGUGUCACGGUUGACCACACAUAGUAACCGUGUCACAACAGCCUGGCUGUUUCAAACAAAAUAAACAAAACCUGUACAGCGGCAUUAUAAAACAAAUAUGAAGGCCUUCUUGGUUUGAGCCGCGUCUAAAAGAUUGGUUAAACUACACCUAGAGAUUGGAGGACCGAUGAGAAUAUUUACCGAAAAGAGACAAGAAAAUAAGUUGGUGGUAAAGGUAGCUACAAUGUUGCUCAUUUUAUGUAGAGAAAUGAAACCAUUUUAAGACGCUUAAACAAUUAUAGACUUUAACUAUCCCAUUAAUAAAUGUAAGUACCAGUCACAAUAGUUUCAAAUAGUUUCAGGUGAACUUUGAUUUCAUUUUUCGUACCUUUUGUUGAUGUGGCCCGCGACACGCGUUUCGAAAGUUAAAAUGGCCCGCAGGUCGAAUUAGGUUGAGCAUCACUGUUCUAGAGAAUCAUAAUAACCUAGAUGAUGAAAUAUUGCAUUACUUGUUUUUAGAAGCACUUCACACAAACUAUUAAAAGAUAUUAAUAAAUAGUUAUAGAAAAUGUAUAUUCUAAUUUCAAGAUUUGAAAUCGUUCUGUGGGUCAUCAUAUAUGCAAAAUAUAUUGAAGUCAAAGUUCAAUCAUAAAGUGAAUUAGUAAACGCAUGUUAGGAAAAAAUAUACAAACAUGAUUCCCUUGUAUAUUUGUUGACAUAUCAGCUGAGUUUUUUACCUCAAAGGAAGCAUAGAAACCUUUGUUACAUAAAGUAUGAUUGGUUGUUAGUUUUGCAGGACAUUUGUUUGGCUGUUUCAGCAUUUAUGGAUGUUUUUAUUAUUGACUGUUUCGAUGUUGCUCCACUAGUAUAAAUGUUUGGCUGUUUUAAUGUUGCUGGAAAGGGAUUAACAUGUUAAGCUGUUUUGGUAUUGAUGAUUUUAAUUAAUACUUCCUGCUUCAGUUCUGCUUUUAAAAAAAAAUUACAAAAGCCCCUAAUAUUUCUAUAUAAAGAAAUGCUAAAAACAUAAGGACAGUGCAUAAGUAUAUAUUUUUUUUCGUUUAAAGCAAAAUGAUUUUUGAUUAUCCUACAAGAAAAAAAAGAGAUAAAUUAUGUCCAUUUGGACUACACUGCUUUCAGUGUGUUAACUUUUUUUUAAUUGAAUAAAUGUGCACAAUAUCUGUUCUGACUGUAAAUAUUUGUAUGUUUUUUUUUUAUAUUUCAUACAAAAUAUAAAUAAAUAUUUAAUUUAAACCAA